AUAUAUCUUGCCAUAUAUAUAUAUAUACGGGGGAAAGAUGUCGUCUUCCUCAUUAAACACAUACGUUGAUAAAUUGAAUAUUACAUUUGAUUGUAAACAAGGAGCUGUACGUAAUGUCAGAUUUAACUCUGACGGAGAAUAUUGCAUAAGCUGCGGUAGUGACAAGACUUUAAAACUGUGGAACCCCUACCGACAGUUACAUCUGAAGACAUAUUCUGGCCAUGGUUAUGAAGUCCUUGAUGCCCACUCAGCCUGCGACAAUGCCACACUCUGUUCUGGUGGUAUGGAUAAAUCGGUGAUCCUUUGGGAUGUGGCAACAGGGCAAAUGAAGAGGAAGUACAGAGGACAUGCAGGUACUGUUAGCUGUGUAAAGUUCAAUGAGGAGUCAACAGUUAUUUUAUCUGGUUCCGUCGAUGGAACCAUUCUCUGCUGGGAUUGUCGCAGCCGAAAGUCAGAACCUAUCCAGAAACUGAAAGAGGCCAAAGACAGCAUCACAUCACUGCAAGUAUCGGACCAUGAGAUUCUCUCUGGAUCGGCCGAUUCUUACAUCAGACGCUAUGACUUGCGGAUUGGCCGACUCACCUGUGACUACGUUGGAAAAACAAUCACCUGUGUGACCUUCACGAAAGACAACCAGUGUGUCCUUGCAAGUUCCCUUGAUGGUCUUUUACGACUCUUUGAUAAACAGACAGGAGAAUUAUUAAAUGAUUGUCACCAGGCUGAGACGAAAGCCAAGCUGGAGCAUCCUGAGCGAAGACCUGUACACUCACUCAGUCACCAUCCAACUGAUGCUGUCCUCCUCACGGCAUCAGGAAGCAAGAUGUACAUGUGGACAUCACGUUACCGCAACAAGGAUGAUUGAUCCUAAUAACCCUGUCCCCUUACCACCACCACCACCACCACUGCCACCCCUUCCUGCGUAGAUCCUAUUCCCACUCCCCCCUCAGUCUCCUCUUUCCUCUUCUUCUCCUUUGCAUUCUCUUAUCUCUCCCUUGUCUUUUUACCUCUUCAUUGUCUUCAGUCUUUAAAUUCUCCUCCUCCUCCUCUUUGCUCUUUUCCCUCACAUCCUCCUCCUCCUUUGGUCCCCUCUAUUCCCUUCUUCUACUUCUUCUGCUUCUGCUUCUUCUUCUUUUUCUUCUUCUUCAUCUUCUACAUCAUUUUCUACUUCUCCUCCCCGUCCUCUUCUUCUUCAUCCUCCUCUCCUCCAACUUCAUCUUCUUCGUUGUUCUCCCGUCCCCUCCUCCCCUGCUCCUCGUCCCACUCCACCUACGUCUUCAUUCUCUUCUCCUCCUCCUCCACCUUUUUCUUCUUCUCGUUCUCCUCCUCCUACUCCUUCUUGUUCUUCUUCUACUCCUCCUUUUCCUCCUCCUCCUCCUUCUUUUCCUCCUCCUUCUCCUUCUUUUACUUCUCCUCCUCCACCUACUCCUCAACUGCCUCCUUCUCCUUCUUCCUGCCGAGGUUCAUCUAUGGCCUCACGCAGGUGAUGCCAGCAAGAGGAAUUCUUGAGAGCCUUGACAUGGCCAUCCAGGUAGGAGUUAGGAGGAUACUUUAUCUCCCUAUAAUGACGUCAAAUUUCUUCCUGUAUUGCAGCCGGCGAGAUGGCGGUUUGAGUCUUCACUAAAUAGUGAGGAUGAUACCCAAGAAUGUCAUGCGCCUGCUGACAUCCGAGUAUGUCUCCAUUAAAAAGAUUGCUGAUUCAUCAGGGCUCACCGACCUGAAUCAGCUAUGAUUUACCUUUGAUAAGUCCAGGUGCUACUGAAUACGACCCUGACAUCUGGCUGGUGCACUCCCACAAAUGGGCGGCCCAACCAGUGCAUGGUGUGUGCAGCGGUAUUUCGGGGGGAUUUAAUUGAUAAUAUCUGGCUUAGUAGAGCGGGUGGGAUAACAGAGGUGUGUCUCUUGGGAUUACUCAAGAUGCGCUCCAGUGUUUUUUCCACCUUGACGUGAGGAGGUCGUGGGGUCUCCACGUGUCCAAUGAGUAGAGUAGGGGCGGAGACCAUCUCGCAUGUCAGUGUAGUCUGUGCUGCAGUUAAGAAGCUUACACUUGCCAGACACGACAAAUUAUGUACUCUGGUAACACGUGAAGCGAUAACUCAUGGUUGGAGGCUUAGUGUGGAGCCCUUCUAUAGGUUACACGGCUCCAGACUAAUCAUAGACCUAGUAUUUAACAGUCCUGCAAAGGUGGUAGUCGUCGAGGUGACCGUUCGUUUCGAACAGGGAGCUGCCUUGCAAGAGGCAGCUCUUGAGAAAGUGCGCAAAUAUCGGCCACUCAUUCCUCUUCUAAUGGAAGAGUUUGGGCGGCCGGUGGAUGUGUACAGUGUCCCUGUUGGUGCAUGGUGUUCGUCUGCGAACGAAGCACUGGACGCCCGGGGCAUCAGAAUCGGCAACUACUUAACAGUACUGCUAUGUUAAGCACUUAUAAUAUGCUGAGGAAUUAGCACUCAGCAUACAGAUCCAUCGGGCUGGAUCUGGGUGCAUCAAAAUCUACUGCAAAGGUAUGGCACCGACAACAGGUAAAAUACCGGGUUGAAUAUUCUAGUGGUUCACCCUUGUUCCCUUCUGGGGCAGUGGCGAUCACGUCUAAUACAAAAAAGGAUGUCUCCGUUCAUGAGCGUCGCUGAUGACGAGGCAUUGUGGGGCCCAGUGGGUGCAGAUGAUACCCAUGCUGCUAAAAAAGAUGGUAAUCCUGAGUUUUUGUUUUUCUGGCCGCUUGUACCAGCGAAAAACAGAAGCCCGGCCCAUACAAGUUAAUCCAGAAGCAGUUUGGAACAUUGCAUAAGUUUCCGAAGCAUUUUUACUUUGUUUAACAGAAAACUUUAUUAUUACAUAGUGAGCUUCCAAAUUGUUUUCACGUCCUGACUGCAUUUUGCAAAAUAAUCUGCUGCGACAAGCAGUGUUUAGUAAGAUGUGUUGAAAGUGCUGUUACAGCCGUCUCCUUCAAUCUGCAAUGCAAACGUUGAAAGCUCAGUUUAUUGAUGUAUAGUAAUUAUGUACUACCAUUAGAAUAAUCUUGGACAGUUAUAACUGCCUCUCCUAAAAAGUCUCAGAGCGUCUGCAAUGCCCCUCGUAUACGAAACAACAAAUGAAUGUUGACGUCUGGAAAAAAUUUAACCAUACGUGUUAUCAAUCAGGGAUGACCUGGGCUAAACACUCUCGACAACGACAAUACAGCAAUUAUUUUCACUAAGCACUGCCCUCGACCAUAAUGUAGCAGUUUACACUACAGUCGUCAAAGUUGUGAUAAACUAGACUAAUAACGACUUCUAGAGACACCGUAUUUCAGUAUGCAGCUACGAAGUAUAAUAAAUGCUUUAUAAGACAACACUGUGUGCUACUAUGUUAGCAGUGAUAUUAAAUCAAUUGUAAAAGCUAUCUCUACAGAUUUUCUUCAGGAAUUAUAGCCAGCGCUGACUUGUUCGGGGUACUCGAAUAUGAAAUGUCGUUACAAAUCAGUACUGGCUAUAAUUUGUAUUCAAAAUCUGUAGAGUUGACCUUAACAAGUGAUUCAAUAGCACUGCUAACAUGGUAGGACACAGUAUUGACUUCUAAAAUGUUUCAUAUACUUUGUAGUGUAUGAUGGUUGCAUAACAUACAAAUAACAAUCUCUCAACUGAAGUCACUGUAACUUCUUACCAAGGUUGAUAAAUUGAUAUGCCUAAUACCUGGCUCUUGUGUCACUAGUGUAAAUGCUGACAGCCUUAAUGUAAAAAAACCAUUCUGCACACUUAGAAUAGGAUAAGUCCACCUCCAGACUUCUAUAGUAGGAUAUACAUUGGAGAGAGAGAGAGAGGGAGAGGAAG